AUGAAAUCAUUACCAUUGUAUAUUGAAAAGGAUAUAUUGCUAAAGGUGUUGUUGCUUGAGAAUGGCUUCACUCCAUUGGCUUGGAAGCUUAAGAUGGACUUGGUGUGUCGUCGUUGGUAUUGCAUAGUCAGUGAACAACUACCUCGUCUAUUAAGUCUGAAAGCAUCAGAUGUACAACAUCUAAAAGAAUGGCUUGUACAUUCAGAUAGUUAUAGACCAAUCUGGACACAAUUAGAUUCACUUUGUAUCACUCAUAACAACUCAGAUUCGCUUGAACAACAUUAUCAACAUCAACUACACGCUCAAUCAAUCACAGUCGACUAUGAUAAUGAUGACGAUGAUGAAGUCAUAAAAGCAAUAUACUCAACUGUUGACAAUGUAAAGAUUGUGUCAUCCAAUAUCAAACAGUCGAUUGAACGUAUGAAGUUGGAUUGGUCACACUUUGCAUCAUUGAAGAAGUUGUCUGUGUUUGGUUAUAAUGGAUGCUCCGAGUUGAUCACUUCGUUGGACACUUUGCCCCAGUCGUGUAGGCUGGAGCAUCUUGACCUGCGGUGCUAUGGCAUCGAUCUGACCAAACUGUCCUCGGUCAUCAAGGAGCACGCACCCACGUUACAAAGCCUCUACUUCCAAAUGAACCAGAACGAGAAUACAAUCGAACCAUUCCUGGUGCAGCUCGCGCAGACCGUGUCGCCAUCGCUCACCAAGCUUGAGAUCACAUCCCGCGUCUACUUUGACUUCACGACAUUGCGCUGCUCACUGCCAAACCUGUCCACAUUCAAGUUCAUCCUGUCAUGCAAGCCCACUGUUCAAGAGUCCAUGCAUCAGAAGAACAAUCAUCAGUCGCUCUACAGGUUCGUCGCGCAGCAUCCUGCCAUCACCGCACUGUCAAUCCAAGAGCAUCAGCACCACAGUGAGUGGGUGGAUCUAGUACGACGCAAGCCCCUGAUCCAGAAGCUUGUGCUGUCCAUCAAAGCUGGUGGCGGUGGCGGUGGCAAUAACAAUGGGGUCGGUGCAGCGACAGGCGGUCCGCCAAUCAAUCUCCUGGACGAAGCCACAACAACACAGCCACUGCCAGCGAGUCUGAAGCACCUCAAGUUGAACCAGGCAAGUCCGAUCAACAGCAUGAACCUGUCGCGUCUGUUUGCCAACCUUUACUCGCUGUCAAUCCACAGUCUGGGUACAUCUUGCAUGCUCGAGCUGGCCAAGUAUCUGGGCGACACCGUCCAUCUGGAGGAGUUCAAGCUCAACUACAUCGUCAACCAGCAUCCGUCAAAGCGACCGAUCGAAGCACAGUUGGAGCCAUUGUUCCACGCGAUCCAACGCAACAAGUCACUGCGCAAAUUCGCCGUACACGACUACCGAUUCUCCAUCAACUCAUUCAGCAAGUUGAGUGCUGCACUCGAAGUCAAUCAAACACUCAUGGUCGUACAAGUAAUCUUCUUCAACAUGGAAUUGCCCACAUCAUUCAAGUUGAUCCUAUCCAAGCGCAUGAAGCAUAAUGAAGAGAACCUUAUGAGGACUCUUUACAGAGUC